AGUUGAAAUUUCAAGGGCAGGUUCAUCCAAAGUGCUAGCAAGCUAGCCUAUCAACCUUGUUAUCCUGUGUGUAGCACUACAUGUGUCGUCACUGCCUGGACUAACUAGCAUGACCAUGCUAUGCAAAGCCAGUUUUGUUCGCAGGUGCGCCAACACCGUGAGCCCGGCUCUGGGUGCUCUGGCUUCGCGGCAGAAGCACACGCUCCCGGACCUGACUUAUGACUACGGAGCGCUCGAGCCUCACAUCUGUGCUGAAAUCAUGCAGCUCCAUCACAGCAAGCACCACGCCACCUACGUCAACAACCUCAAUGUCACAGAGGAGAAGUAUCAGGAGGCCUUGGCCAAAGGUGAUGUAACUACCCAGGUGGCACUGCAAGCUGCCCUGAAGUUCAACGGAGGCGGCCACAUCAACCACACCAUCUUCUGGACAAACCUGUCCCCGAACGGAGGAGGAGAGCCACAGGGCGAUCUGAUGGAGGCCAUCAAGCGUGACUUUGGCUCCUUCCAGAAGAUGAAGGAGAGGAUGUCUGCUGCCACUGUGGCCGUGCAGGGCUCUGGCUGGGGAUGGCUGGGCUUCGACAAGGAGAGUGGACGCUUGAGGAUCGCCGCCUGCAGCAACCAGGAUCCCCUACAGGGCACCACAGGUCUUAUUCCUCUCCUGGGUAUCGAUGUGUGGGAGCAUGCUUACUAUCUUCAGUACAAGAACGUGCGGCCGGACUAUGUGAAGGCCAUUUGGAAUGUAGUGAACUGGGAGAACGUCACUGACCGAUUUACAGUUGCCAAAAAGUAGACGUCACGUGAGGUCUACACACGUGUGUCCACACUCACACCCCUCAGUCCAAUUAUUAAUGCUUCAAAACGCACAAAUACCCCACCCAAUCUCCACGUCAUCCAGAGGGGGAGAUGGGCCUAUGAUUGAUGGCAAGAAGGUGGGGGUUCAAGCAAGAGUUGGAAGUAGUUUGGUGUAAUCUGUCGUCACAACAUAACGCUCAGCCAGAUUGAUGUUGAUGUGAAUGAAUGAUUGAUUUAAGUUUCAGUGUAUUUAAUAAAGAAUUUAUUUCAACUA